CAUGUCAAAGGUGAAACAUUGACACCUAAUUGUGUGUCUAUUUAUUUACACUCAAAAAGUGAACAAACAGGUUUGACUGAUCAUUUCAUGCGGAAGUCAGGCUUCCAUGUCGGGGCAGGACUGAAAUAUCUCUAACAUUGCCGUCAACUUGGGCUUUCACAGGCGGGGAUACAUGAACUGUACAGAUUCUAGAGAGCCCAAUGUCAAGGAUAUCGCUGCUGCUGUGCGAGAUCAAGGGAUAAGGUGAGGUAAGGUCAGAUGGAGAAACUCCGACAGUUCGCCAUCGAGUUUGAUGAGAGGAAUGAUGUGUUCGAGCCCGGGGAAUUUGUCAAAGGUCACGUGGUCGUUGACCUGGCAGAGAAAAUAAAGAUAAAAGGUUUGUGGCUGCAGUUCCAUGGACGCAGCAAAGUGAGUUUUGACAUCCACGAUGACGACUACACGGCUUCAGAGACGUACUUAAGUCACGAGGUCACGCUAUUCGGCAACGAGCAAGGACAGACUGGAGACGGUCCUGUGACGUCACACGUGCUGCCCGCGGGUCGCCAUGCCUUCCCGUUCCAGGUCCAGCUUCCUGCCGACGGACUGCCGUGCUCGUUCGAAUGGCAACGCUACGGCUAUGUUCGCUACACCAUCAACGCCACCAUCGGCAAGCCAUACCAGUCCACAAAAAAGGUGUUCAAGGUUCUGGAUAAGGGCGAAGAGGAUUCUUGGGAAGGGUUUAGUAUAACCGUGAGUCAGAAAGCUACCAUUAACGUUAUCAUUAUAGACUGAUUUGUUCAUUCUAGUUUGAUAAUGUGGUGGUCUUAGAGUAUUUAUUAGUGUGCUGAUUUUCCCACACCCCUACUUUUUCCAUGUUUAGAAUGCACGAGCCAUACUAUUACAUUCUUUCAUUCAUUUUUAAUUGAUGACAGCACCCUCCCAACAUGGUCCGGUCGAACAGAGACCUUCGUCUCUGUCCGGACGUACGCUUGUGCUGUUUGACCGGGCCGGUGGAGCUCCAGGCCCAGCCGGACCGAACAGUCUACU